CAUCACGAACAUGGCAGAAAAAUAUAUAGGAAAUAUAAUCAGUUAAUUCAUUUGAUGCCAUUUGGCCAUAAAUCAGCUUUGUUAUCGUACUUAUUUAAAGUAGCAAAAAAGAUGCUGAUCUAAAGAAUGGACAGAAAUUUUCAAAGACAAGACAGUGUUGCAUAUAGUUCCAGUCACUCAAGUUUGGAUGGCGUACCAUUUAAAAUUGGACCAAAAUUUACACAGAAACACAAGAUUAUCAGCCCAAGAGAUUUAAAGAGUUUGAGAACACAUGCAGUGGAGGAAGAGUAUGACUUUUCCUUGGAGGAGGGAGUCCUGAAAUGGGCCAAUGAGAGACAAAAGCAACUGGCUGCUCAGCAACGAGCAGAGGAAGAACGUAGAGUGAGAGCCCAGCUGGAGGCUGAGGAUAAAAGCUGUGAUUCUGAUCAAUCAGACCAUGAGUAUGAGAACGAUGGGUGGGAAAACAACAAGGCCACCUCUCCAGCUGUAGCAGUGGCACAGGCUCCAGCCAGGCCUGUACUGCCAGCUAUUUCUAACGACAUACUGACACCUGUAGAUGUCUCAAGUCAAAAUGACUCAACCAACCAAAAUGAUUCUGAUCCACAGAAACCUGUGGAUUUUUCAUUGUUUGAAAAAGAGGAUGAUCCCUUUGAUCGAUUUGAGAGGUUGACUCUGAAUGACUUAACUGAGUUGAAAAGUGUGUUUGACAAUAGUGGUAGUGCAAAAGAAACAAGUGGAGGGGCAAAGAAACCAGAAACUGUGUAUGAAAACACAAAGAUUUUGAACAAUCCUCCCAAUGGUGUUGUGACGUCAAGCUCCUCUAAAAAUUCAGUGACUAACAAAGUGGAUGGAGGGGAUUAUGUUGAGUUGGAUGUAACAAAGAAGCCAGAACGACCCAGUGGAAAUGUCAAAAAUAAAAUAGUUAGAAAGCAAAAGACUUACAAGGGCAAAAUCAUACCCCCAGUUCCUCCACGACCAAGCCUGGCUGCCAAGAACCCCCUGCCACCCAUUGGUGGUCCAGCAAUUAGUGGCACCGCAAAAUCAACAAAUUCCUUUGAGCAAGAUGUACCUGAUGGAACUCAUGAAAAACCUAUGUGCAAAAGUGAAUUCCAAUCGAAAACUUAUGAAAAUGUGAGUGUCAUGAGUGAUCAACAGUCUGUUAGUUUUUCAAAGGCGCCAAGUUUUGGCCUUGUUAAUGAUACUGAUGGCUCAUCACAAAGUACUAAUCCAUUCCUACCUACAAAUCAACCGUCAAAGGAGACAGCAUCUAAAAACUCUAAAGCAUAUGUAAACGUGGCUCCUGUUAAACCGUUCGGGGUUCCUCAGCCUGGGAUGACCAAUAGUUUACCAGAUCCAUCAAAUAACCCGAGUCAAGAUUUACCCCUCCCUCUCACAAUCUCACCCCCUCCAAGACCCUCCUCCAAACAGGAUCCACAAGGAAAUUCACAAGCAUCCUGGAACCGCUAUUCCACAUUACCUCAGCCAGCUCAGCCGGGAUUACAAACAGGAAGUACAACAGAUUUAAAGAUGGUUGUAAAUGUUGACCCGUACAAUAAUUUACCACAAGAUUCCAGGAGAAUUGUUGAUAAUGUUGUUGGAAUGGGCUUUUCGAAAGCUUGUGCCGCCCGGGCAGUAGAAAAACUUGGUGCAGAUGAGAAAGAGGUCAUUGAGUACCUUUGUGUGGUUGGAAAAUUUACGGACAAAGGACACGAAUUUCACAGAGUGGAAGAAGCUCUUCUUCUGUUCAAAAAUAACCAGGAAAAGAUUGAGAGGUUUCUAGCAUUGUUCAAGCAGUUCCAGGAGCUGGGAUUCCUUGAUGACAGAAUCAAAGAAGAACUUGUCAAGAAUGAUCUGGACAGUGAUAAGACCUUAGAUUCCCUCACAGCAUGAAUAUCAAAGAUAAAAGACCAAAAUUUGUAAACUACAAAGUCAGGCAUAUACUUAACUGGCAGUUAACAGUGGUCAGGGGCUAUACUUUAUGGCUAUUAAUGUCAUCAAGGGUUAUUCUUGGGACAGCAACAGGGUGUCUGAGUGCAAGCAUGUGACAUUGUAUGAAGCUAUCAACCACACAAAAUUUUGAUUAUAAUUAAAAUUAAAAAAAAAAUGAGAUGGAUCAGAUAAUAAUUACUGUAUUGUGAAACCAUUCCUGAAAGUUUCAUUUUUGUUUUUGUGAUAUGAAGAAAAUCACAUGUUUAGGUCAUGCACAAAAUUGUAAAUUAUAGUAUCAAUUUUUUACCCUCUUCCAAAAUCAAACCAUGAUCCGUUUUUUCCUCAUACACAAAAUUUAACUCAAGGAAAAUAAUUGAUUGUACAGUAUCACCAACUGACAAACCUUUCUUGCCGUUUUAAUUUAAUGUGGAUAAAAGUGCAAUGAUUUCAGUUAUUUCAAUUUGUUUUUAAUACAUGAUGUAUGGGGACUGGUACUCUCCCUUAGAUCACAUACGACAAGAUUUGACAUUACUGUGGAAUCAUCAUUGUUUGUGGGGGACUGAUGUUCUGGAUUUCAUGGGUCACCCUAACCACAGCUUCCUCAUUUGUAAUGGCCUUGACACUUUGAAAAUUUCUAAAAAUUACCAUUUUCUAGACUUCUCUUUUACGUUGCUUGUAGAUGAUACACUGAUUUUUUUGUGGUACCAGGUAUGUUUCUUGUUAUUGAUGUCUAACAGAUCAAGUUCAAGUUUCUUGUAGAUUAACUAAUUUUUAUAAAAAAUCUUGCCUUUAGAAACUUUGAAAAAUUCUAAAAUGUAACUGUUUUAAAAGGGUUUGGUUUUUUUUUUGCUAGGAUUGUUGAUAAUGAGGUGAUUUUUGGUGUGUUUCUUGAUGUUGAAGACUUUAAGAUUUGUGUUACUUGACUCAUUUUAUGAAAGUAUGGCCCUUGGAAUUUGAAAAUUUCUAACAGUUCAGUUUUCUGUACUUGUUUCCUGUGCUUGUAGAUAAAGAGAAUAUCUUUUGUUUGUCUUUUUAUAUUGAUAACUUUCAGAUCAUUGACAAAUGUAGUUCUUGUAGAUUGAAACUUUUAAAAAGAUAAUGAUCCUUGGCUUCUUAAAUUUUCUAGAUACACCUUUGUUUUGGGAUUUUUAGCGUGCUCUUCUUGUAAGAUUUCUCACUGCUGUAAGGUGUGAGGGCAUAGAGAACUGAUUCCCAAAAUAAAAAAGAUCAGUUCAAUAUAUAAUUUUGUGCCAUUUCCUUUCAUUGUUAUUUUCAUGCACUUGGAGUUCUGCAUAUUUCAAACUUGCAUGUGCACAUGGGUAAGGAGCAAUUGAGUCAGACUGACACAUCUAAUUUACUUUGUAACAUUUCAGUAUUUAUAUGAAGUCUAUUACUUUGAUCCAGGUAUAAUGUUGUUUAUGCUUAGAAAUUGAACAAUUUGAGGGAAUAAUUGUCUUAUCAACUUCAUAAGAAACAGAUGCAUAAGGAUCUUUAUCAACUUCAGCAACUCUUGUAGCAGUUUGGCUGCCUUAAAUGUGUUCACUGUGUAAUCAUUGAAAAUAACUUGUGCCAUUGUAACAAGGUUACAAGAUGUUGUACACGUAUUGCUUUGUUUGUAAUGAUUAAUGAUUUUCAGUUGCUCAACACUACUCAAUCGCAUAAUUUGCAAAUGUAGCAAGAUGUCAUGUUGUGGGAUUUUCUAUUUCUUAAACAGUUCCAGAGACAAUGUUGCAAGUAGUUUUAUCUAUAUACAUGUAACAUAGACAUUAUACUUAAGGAAGUGCUGUUAAAAUUUGUAUACGAAGAAAACUGACUUUGGCCUCAUUACACGAUUUUAUUAGAGUUGCUCAGCAUUAUUGUCUCAGUUUACAUACUUACAUUUAGCCUACCUGAUUCUUGAACUACACAAGUUCCAUAAGGAUUUAAACAUUUUUGAAAUGUUGCCUCCAAAAUACUGUUUGAAACUUAUGUUGAACAUAUAUUUCUCAAUUGAUUACAUUGCCCACACCUAUAAAAAAAUCUCCCAACUCAGUCUGCACAAGCAGAUACAUAGACGCAUGCACUAUUCUGGCUCUCAAGUUUUUCAUUGGUCUCAACCAGUCAAAACAGGCAGGUGGGAUUGUUAAAUUUAUUUAUUUGUUAGCUCUAAAUAAGAUUUGGAAGUGAUGAUACGUGUAUUUACCCGUGGUAGUGAAACUUUUUUGAAAAUUUUAAAAUCGAUUGGAGAGGACAUGAAUUUCAUUUUAAACACAAAUAGAACAAUGAAAUUUCAUUUGUAAACCAGAAGUAGGAAAAAGUGUUUUGUGUUUUAAUUGUACUUAUGGAACUAGUGCGACAUUGGACAAAUGUUAUUUGACAUGUUGUUUCUUUGACAACUAAUACAUGUGAACUGUUAUUAUACUUUAUCCAAAGCUCUGUGAUAAUCUUUUUUCCUCAGUCAAAAGGGAUGGGAGAGUCAUGUAUCUUAUUACAUGUCUAGUGGGGCUUUUUUAAUUUAAAUUCCCAUGUUUGUGUUCUGACAUAUCAUUGUGUUUAAUGAUGUACUACUUGUACAUUUGUAUUUGACAUUGUUCUGUUUUGAGGUAAGAAAAUUUUGUUCCUGGUGAUAUGCAUUGAAGCUAUUGUGUCCCUCUUUUUUUUCUUGCAAGAGCCUUUAGCCACUGUUCACAAUUGGCCUUAUUAAGCCCUGUUUAAUUCUAGAAAAAAUAUGUAUCAAGACUGGUAAAGAUCUUUUUUUGACUCUCCAUGUACGUCAAAAGGCCUGAUGCUCACUACAUACAUCCCAUCACCAGUAAUAAUAGAGGCAUGACAUUCAUGUUUACAACUACAUUCUACAUGUCCUAACAUAAAUUGCAUUAUUUUUCUUCUUUUUUUUUCAUUAAUUUUUUUUUUUGAAAACUCAAGAAUUUCAAUAUUAAACAUGAGAAUUCCCAUGUAGAAAGUUAAAAUCGUGGUUUAUUUCCUAAAAAAUUGUCAAACCUUUUCAAGGCUUCUAUUCCUUGUAUUUAAUAUUAUUAUGAUCACAAGUACUUGUGGACAGGACCCCCCCCCCCCCUUCGAUAUCCAACCCCCGGGCUUAUUGGACAUUUUUUUUCAAUUAUAUUUAUUACACUUAUUCAUUAUGUGUACAAUAUGAAAAAAUUGUCAAAACCCCAAAAUAAUUGCUCCACAGCCCUCUUGUAAUGUAUAGUGGGGUAUUUUUAUGGGAGCGAUUAUUUAUUAUCCAUGAAAAUAUAGAGGAAACUUUUUAAAUCCAAGUUAAGGUGAAUAUAACUCAAGUGAGCAGUAUGGCUCAUUGGUCAUGUUUCAUUAUCAUACAAACAACUAGUGGUUAAUUUUACUUUUUUCUAUCAAUUACGUACACAAUAGAUUUUGUAUGAAUGUGAAAAUGACUUUUAGUGUUUGUAGAGUGGAUUUGGCCUUGUCAUUUAAAUGCAAAUUGAAAAAUAUUGAUUAUAGUUGUAUAUCAGUAUUUAUAGUAAUUUAUGUAAUGUACAGAGUUUGCCCCCUUGAACUGUUAAUUGCUGUUGACAAUUUCCUGUACUCAUGUCUAUGAUGAAACUUAUUGUAUAUUGUGAUGUCAUAGUCAUUGGAAGAUCAUCCAAUCAUAAAGGUUCUAGUUGAUUUGUAUUGUUCAAAAAACUUGUUUUCACUGCUUUUUAAUCAGAUUUUGUAGUAUUAUCUGUAUUUACAUGUAAAUGCAACUUAUAUAUCAGCAUUGCAUAACUCUGAAUAUAAUUUUUCUGGGAGGUAGCUGUGCUGAAUUCAUAGACAUUGUUAUGUUUGGUUGCUCUUGUGUAAUGAAAAUUAAAAAAAAAAAAAAGGAAAAGUAAAAUAUA